AUGGCGCGCAAGAAGAAGAGCGCGCAGGCCGAUGCGGCGCCCAGCGGCAGCGCCUCGUCGACGCCGCCGCCCGCCAGCAACGGGGCAGCCGCAGCGAAGAAGGCGGCCAGCGAGCCCUCGACGUCUGCCCUCAUCAUCUGUCGCAACAAGCAUUGGCGCUACAUCUCUUCGUUCCACGGCCCCUGGCUCCAGCUUCCCCCUGAGGUCCUCGAGUCGCUCGCCCAUAGCAACUACCUCUCCCCGCGCCCGCACCCCAUUGACCCCGCCGUCUUCUACGACCUUGUCAAGAUCCGCAAGGCGGUUGACGAGGCCACCAACCUCGCUGUGCGCGCCACGUCGGGCUUGACGUCGGCCGCCCUCAGCAACAGCCUCAAUAAUGGGAAUAGUAUGCUUGGGAACGCGGCGGCGCUGGGGAUAGGCUACGGGGGAGGUGGGACCUCGAAGCUGAGUAGAGAGCGGAAACACCGCAUGCGCGAGCUGGCGACGAACAAGCUGAGCCAGGCAUACCAUCUCGACGAGAUUGCCGCCAGUGUAGCUACCAUGCAGAGCGCAAGCACGCUGGAAGACGUCGCGCACCUGGUGCUGCAGCGCGAGCCCAACAAUAUCGACGCCAAGUACGUCCACUUCUUCCACGAGAAGAUUCCCAGCCGCAUGAUGGCGCAAUGUACACCUUUGGAUACUUUGAAUGAAAUCAUCAGCGAGCGACCCAACGACGGGAGCCCCCUGCGUACACGCGCAUUGACAAGGAUAUUCAAGGAGGACUAUGUGAACUCGGCCAAGGACCUGAGUGAGGCUUUGAGUACCGCACGCUAUAUCAUGGCGCAGCAUCGAGCGGGCAAAGACCAGCUGGUGCUAGCAAAGACACUCCAGGAACAGUACGGGAGAGAUUGGAGACAGGAGGUUAAGAUCCCUGACGAAGACCACCCUAGUUCGCUUGAGACACAGUUACUGUUCCAUCGCGCUGGCGUAUACUUUACCAUAGCAUGCGGCCACGUCAAUGCUGCAUUAGAUGGUCUACAGGCAGCCGAAGAGGCAAAGGCGCGGCGUGAUGCUCAGAUUGCUGAAGGCAAAGAACCAGAUCCGGUGACACCAGAAGAAGCGCACGGCAAUCACCUGCGUCUAGAAGCCCGCAAGCAAGUCCGCCAGAACGCCAAACGCGCUCUUCGAGACUACGUCGCCUUCCUCUCUCACUUCGACUAUACCCCUGGCAUCUCUGCCGAGCUUGCUGAAGAGUUCCUGCGUAGGUUAGGUAAUUCGGCCAACGGCAAUGCGAACGGUUAUUCGAAUGACAAGAUCAAACCAAAUAUGAAUCGCCUAAUAGAGCAGACAAAUGGCGCCUCGUCACCCAUAUCCGAAGCCCUCGUUCCCCAUCGUGGUCCUACCAAGUCCUCUUCAGACCGCGCAUCAUGGCCUAAACUCCCCCCACCUGAGAUCUUCAAAGUCUCCCAGCUCUUCGACGCUGCCCCUCCAAGCUCCUUACCCCCUUACCCACCACCCCGCAACUCCUCCGAGACCCCGGCCUCAGCAGCAGCCACCGCUUUUGCUGAUAGUCACGAGAGCAUAACUUACCAUCCGCUCAUUACAGACGCCCUGCACAGUCUUCUCCUCUGCCAUGCACUCAUUCAAACACCCCCCAAAGAACACCUCCGACAUGCCCACAAUGCCGCUCGCCUGGCCCGUGUCUGCGACGGCUACCCUAUCUUCCUCGCUGCGCGAUCCCCUGCACGCGCAGACUGGAUCGAAGUCCUUCGACGAGCUGGAAACUGGAUCGGCUUAUCCACGUCCUGGGAGAAUCUCUGCCGCCCGGCACCUCUACCUGGCCACGGCGGUGGUGGCAAGAACGGCUCUACAGACCUAGCAGGAAAGAACGGCAUGAACGGUUCCAGCGGCGUUGAAACUGAUGCUCAACGUCGCGAACGUCAAAAGCACGAAGCCAUACUCGAAGCUCUAGCCGACGAACGUGUUGUUGACGAAGAAAGUUUCCAACGUGCAGUCCGCGCACGAGAACGCCGGAACAGAGAAGAUGAGGAAGCCGAGAAGAAGAGACAGCAAUCUCCUCCUAGUGAUGCAGAUGGGAAUCCAGUGUCGCCGCAACCCACACCACCCAAGCGCUGGGCGCAGGACAACGGUCGCGAGUAUCCCAUCAGUACGGAGAGGGCGGAAGCUAUCUCGCGCUGGGUUAGGGACGCGCCGCCGGUGGGUGAAAGCAGUGGAGCGAAGAACAAGAAGAGGACAAAGGGAAAAGGGAAGAAACCAUCGCUGAGGGCAGGUGGAACGGGUUUGAGCCUUGCGGAUAGUGUCGAUGCGUUGAGUGUGCAGGAGGAAGACAUUGAUGAGUAG